AUGAGAGACUACAAAUUGGUGGUAUUAGGUGCAGGUGGUGUUGGUAAAUCCUGUUUGACUGUACAAUUUGUACAAGGAGUUUAUUUGGAUACGUAUGAUCCAACAAUCGAAGAUUCCUACAGGAAGAACAUCGAGAUCGAUAAUAAAGUUUUCGAUCUGGAAAUCCUAGACACAGCAGGGAUUGCGCAAUUCACAGCGAUGCGAGAACUGUAUAUAAAAUCAGGAAUGGGUUUCCUCUUGGUGUAUUCAGUAACGGACCGACAAUCUUUAGAAGAACUGAUGGAAUUAAGAGAACAAGUUUUGAGAAUCAAAGAUUCCGACCGUGUUCCAAUGGUCCUAAUAGGUAAUAAAGCCGAUCUAAACAAUGAAAGGGUAAUAAGCGUAGAAGAGGGAAUUGAAGUAAGCAGUAAAUGGGGCAGAGUCCCAUUUUAUGAAACCAGCGCUUUAUUGAGAAGUAAUGUCGACGAAGUGUUUGUGGAUCUGGUGAGACAAAUCAUUCGGAAUGAAAUGGAAAGUGUUGCCAUUAAAGACGCAAGAAAUCAAAGCCAACAGUUUGAUAUGAACCACGCUUCAUCGUCUAGGCUUCCUAGCUCUGCAAAAAAAGAUACAAAGCAAUCAAAAAAUAAACAAUCAUCCAGAGAUUUAUAUAAUAAGUCAUCACAUGGCCAAGCCAAGACAAAAAAAUCUACAUCAGUUAAUGAAAAGCGUAAACCAUCACACCCAGCUUCUAAACCCGGGGUUACCAACAGAACAGAUUCUAACUCAUCUUUACAGCAAAAAAUGAAGAAAAAGAAGAACUCAUCAUGCAGUAUUUUGUAA